UAGAACGGGGAGCACCCUUUCUCCCUGUGUGGGGCUGCCACUUUUCCAGAUGGAGUUUUAAAAGAAUGAUUUGCUUUAUAAGCAACAGAGACUCCCAUCAUUAGAUGAAAGUGAAAGCUGUUUUUAUGACACUUGGAUGAAUUCAGUUUGCAAGGCUUUGCAGACUAGUUUGGAGUUCGGAGAAAAAUCCUCUUUCUCUUGUGGAUGAGUGAAGCAGUUUGCAGAUGUAAAGCAGGACAGAAGCACUUCCCUGAUUGAAAGAGGAGGAUGAAACCUGCAGAGGUUCCAGGUCUUCUCCUGGACCUACUGAAACGCUUUCUGAGAUGGGCAACGGAAAAAAUUGUAAUCGUGGUGCUUUCAUGCACCUCCCUGGUUUGCCUCAUCUUUCCUGCAGUCUUUCCCAAGCUUGCUUUGUGGCAGCGUAUCUGGAAAGAUCACAUCAAAGCCAGGAUAGCUGCCAUGUGGACAGGAAACAGCCCCCAUCGAAGAUCUUCUGGGCUGCGCCCAGAGGCCUCCAAAUUCCAUAUGCCAUCUCCCAUGUGCCUGAUUGAGAACAGGGACAGCAAUCUUGUUGUUUGUCCAGAAGCCCUUCAGGUGCUGUCUAAAAUAGACCAGCCUGUAGUGGUAGUCGCUAUAGCAGGACUCUAUCGGACAGGCAAGUCCUUUCUCAUGAACAAACUAGCUGGCAAAAAUAAAGGUUUCCUUCUGGGAUCCACUGUGGAAGCAGUGACAAAGGGAAUAUGGAUGUGGUGUGUUCCCUAUCCUGGAAAACCAGACCAGACUCUUGUGCUUCUGGACACAGAGGGCCUCGAUGACGCGAAAAAGGGUGAUGUCCAGAAUGACUCCUGGAUCUUUGUUCUGGCCGUUCUACUCAGCAGCACCCUGGUCUACAACAGCAUGGGCGUCAUUGACCAACACGCUAUAGACCAGCUUCAUUAUGUGACAGAACUGACAGAGCGCAUCAAAUCCAAGUCCUCACCUGCGGAGGACUCUGAGGCGCUGGAAGAUUCUGCCGAGUACGUUCGCUUCUUCCCGUCUUUCGUCUGGGCCUUGCGGGAUUUCACUCUGCAGCUGCAGCUGAACGGUCAGCCCUGCACUGAGGACGAAUAUCUGGAAGAGAUGCUGAAAUUAAAGAAAGGUUCAGAUGACCCAUCAGCAUCUGAACCUACUGACAACGUUGCACCAGCGGAUUCAUCUGCCAACUGCCCCGUUCCAUCCGAUACCCACGAUAUCCAGCGGUACAACUUGACCCGUGAAUGCAUCCGGUUGUUUUUCCCCACACGGAAAUGCUUCAUCUUUGACCGCCCCACCAAUCGAAAAAACCUGGAUCGGCUGGAGGAUUUGCAGGACUCCGAACUGGACCCUGAAUUCCUGGAACAAGCGGAACGGUUCUGUGAUCACAUUUAUGAGACGUCCAAAGCCAAGACUGUCCCAGGAGGGAAUAUAGUCACUGGCUGCAUGCUGGCAAAGCUGGUGGAGACCUACGUGGACACCAUCUGUAGCGGGGGAGUGCCUUGCGUGGAGAACGCAGUGGAGUCUCUGGCGAGGAUGGAGAAUUCGGCAGCCUUAAAUGAAGCCAUCGCUCGUUAUGUGGAACUGAUGGAGCAGAAGGUGAAGCUACCCACGGAGACUCUCCAAGAACUCCUGGACAUGCAUGCUGAGAGUGAAACUGAGGCACUCAACGUGUUCAUGGACCGUGCCUUUAGGAAUGACAUAGGACAGUCCCAGGCUGAGCUCAUGAAAAUUGUGCACCAGAAGAAGGAAGAGUAUUUGCUGAAGAAUGAGCUGAAAUCCUCAGAAUGUUGCAAGUCUAUACUGACGCCGCUGUUUAAAGAGCUGGAUGAUCGGAUCAACCAGGGAAUUUACUUCCAAUCUGGCGGCUACCAGAAUUUCUUGGAUGAUCUGAAGACAAUAAAGGAGCAAUACCGUCAGAAAAACGGGAAAGGAAUAAUGGCAGAAGAAGUCCUGCAGCAGUUCCUUAAGGAGAGAGAGGUAGUGGGCAAACACAUACUUCAAGGUGAUGAAGCUCUCACAAAGGCAGAAAAAGAACUAGCAGAUGCAAAAGCAAAAGCUGAGGAAGAGGAGCAAAAGAAAGAGGCACAGAAGCAGGAGCUGGCAGCAUUGCAACUGAAGCUGGAAGAUCAGUGCCGAACAUUUGAAGCGAACAUUCAGCAACUGAAGGAGAAGUUGGAGAGAGACAGAGAGCAGCAACUAGAAGAGACUAAGAGGAUGUUGGACAGUAAGCUCAGGGAGCAAAAGAAGUUUCUGGAGGAGGGAUAUGAGAGUUAUGCUAGCCGUCUGCAGGUGGAGAUGGACCAGCUGACGCAAAGAGAUCAGUAUAUUGGGAAUUCAUCUUGGAUAUUUAAGAUCUUGUUUGGCCUGUUAAAUGCAAUCACUUUCAUCUUUCCAGAAUUGCUGCAGUUUGCAAUCCGGGCAAUUAUGAGGUUGUUAUAAAAGGGGAGCAAGAUCAGGUCCUCAACCUUGCCUCCCCGCCCCCCUUUUGACGAUGUGUAUUUUCCGCGCUUCUUUCUUUUAGAGCCUGUGGAGUGUCUUGAGCAGGAAAUGAAGCAAGGAAAUAUUGAACUACUGCUGUAGAGUGGAAGGCAAUAUGGUGUGGUAAAGGAAUAAAAUUCCAGCAAAGAUAAUUGUGUAAAAUUUAUUUUAAAACAGACGAAUGAGGAGGACGGCUGUGCCCAAUUUGAACAAAGCUGUUAUAGACAGAGCCAAAUGCCCCUUUUGCCAUGUGCAAAGAACACAAAGCAUGUAGUGAAGCCUCUGCUACCAUACUGAUAAAAAUAACAGCUUCUAUAGGCACAGUAGCUAGUCUACAUGCUGAAACUGUUUGCUCUAAGAAAAGCAGUUUUGCAGUACAUGACAGCCUCAUGUAGGCCUAUGACUAAUUUAAUAACAACAACAACAAUGAUGUACUUAUACCACCCUUCUGGACAGAUUAGUGCCCCACUCAAAGCAGUGAACAAAGUCAAUAUUAUCAUUAUUCCCGCAAUGCUGCUGGGGAGCUGAGCCUGAGAGGAGCAUCUUGCCCAAGGCCACCUGCUGAACUCAUGGCAGUAGUGGGAGUCGAAUCAGCAGAGUGUCGAUUCACAACCCAACCACUUAAACUAUGCUACAGAUACCUGAAAGCUGCUAUCAGUCAGCGCAGGCAAUAGCAAUAAUAAUAAUAACUGCAUUUACAUAUUGCUCUUCUAGACAGAUUAGUAUCCUGCUCAGAGUGGUGAACAAAGCCAAUGUUGUUAUUGUCCCAAUUAUGUAGCUGGGGCUGAGAGGAGUGGCUUACCCAAGGCCAUCUGCAGAAUUCGUGGCACUAGUGGGAUUCGAACCAAUAGAGUGGUGAUUUGCAGCCUGGCCACUUAACCACUAUGCUACAGCAGCUCCUAGAACCCUUGUCAGUGCAUUUUAUGGGCUUCCGAUUCAUUCAGAUCUGAAGUGACGCGGUUACGGCUGUUUAGUUUGUUCAUUGUAUUGGUUUAUUCAUUUUAUUGACUUUGAUGUUAGAUUUAUCUGAUUGUAAACUGUAUUGUUUUAAAGUUAAAACAUCUAUGAAAAUCAAUACUGAAGGAUAAAGGGUUUCUCUAAAGUCUACUCUAACAGAGAUUGUCUCAACCACCACUUUUUUGUAUUCCAGAUUUGUGUUUGCUUAACUGUGUUGCAGAGAUUCCAAAUAAAUAUA